ACUGCUCCUUCCGCCUUCCCCCUUCCCAGCGGGCUCCGCGAGGCGCCUGCGCACUUGGUGACCUUCGAGAGUGUGUGGUGGGGUCUGGCGCGGCCUGCACGAUUGUUCCUGCCGAGGUGAGCGCGGGCCCGAGCCUGUUGCUCGGGUCGCUGUGGCCGGGACUGAAGAGGGCGCCGGACGAGAAGAUGCUUCAAAGCUUCAUUAAAAAUGUCUGGGUCCCCUUGAAGCCAUACUAUACCCAAGUUUACCAGGAGAUUUGGGUAGGAAUGGGGUUGAUGAGCUUCAUUGUUUAUAAAAUCAGAAGUGCUGAUAAAAGAAGCAAAGCUUUAAAAGGUUCAAGUCCUGCACCUUCUCAUGCCCAUCACUAACCAGCUGUCUUGAGUGCACAUGGACGAAACGUCAGUCUGCCUGUAAAUCUAAGCCAGCUGUGUCAGAUGGGAGCACAGAACAUCACUGUAACCUGCAUAAGUAGUGUUGGCUCUGAGGCAUGAAUAAAUGUACCUGUGAGAUGCACCUCCCCAUUCUGGGACUGUUUUGUGUGUCCCCUCGCAGACCCUCUGUAUGUAGCAGCUGUCCUCAUACCGCCCACCCCCUCCCGAAGAGCCCGGGAUGAGGAGUGCACACCUUGGUUGUUCACCGCAGGGCUUGGUGGUCCAGGUCCAGGUACUCACUCGGAUUCUGAUACUCAAUAAAUGUCUGUUUAGCAAGCGGU